AUGAAGUUCACUAGCUUCGCCAUUGCCGGUCUCAUUGGCUGCACUGCUGCCUUGCCUCCAUUUGCCGCUUCUUCUACUCCGUCCAGCUCUGUUUCUGUUUCUGUCACCCCGAGCGCUUCCCCCAGCUCAUCCAGCAUCGCCUUCGCCGGUCUUGGCAAGCGCUCUGAGACCCCUUCAAGCUCUGCAACUCCCUCCAGCUCUGGUAUUGCGUCCAGCUCUGCAACACCAUCAGGCUCCUCUUUCGCUGCCCCAUGGGUCUUCCAUAGACGCCAGUUGGCCACCCCCUCCAGCUCUGCGACUCCUUCUAGCUCGGCUUCUGCCACCCCCUCGAGCUCCGCUACUCCUUCGAGCUCUGCGUCCGUGACUCCCACCAGCUUCGCCGUUCAGAAGCGCAAGUUCUCUAGCUCCAGCAGCUCUUCUUCCGCCUCGCCUUCGUCGUCUGCUACUCCUUCCUCCGCGACUCCUUCUCCCUCUGCCUAA